GGCGACGGCGGCGGGGCGGAGCGGAGCAGAGCGGGGCGGGGCGACCGGCCGAGCCCCGGGCAGCGGAGCCGCGAGCCGCCAGCGCGCAGCGCCGCCAGUCCGCCCGCCUGCCCUCUCCUCUUGGCGCGGCGGCGGGGAGGCGAGGAAUCUGACGACUGUACCAGCUCUUUGGAAUAUUAUAUGACACUACAUCAUGAGUGACAGUAAAUGUGAUAGUCAGUUUUACAGUGUACAAGUGGCAGACUCAACUUUCACUGUCCUAAAACGUUACCAGCAGUUGAAACCAAUUGGCUCUGGAGCCCAAGGAAUUGUCUGUGCUGCUUUUGAUACAGUUCUUGGGAUAAAUGUUGCAGUCAAGAAACUAAGCCGUCCUUUUCAGAAUCAGACUCAUGCAAAGAGAGCUUAUCGUGAACUUGUCCUCUUAAAAUGUGUCAAUCAUAAAAAUAUAAUUAGUUUGUUAAAUGUGUUUACACCACAGAAAACUCUAGAAGAAUUUCAAGAUGUGUAUUUGGUUAUGGAAUUAAUGGAUGCUAACUUAUGUCAGGUUAUUCAUAUGGAGUUGGACCAUGAAAGAAUGUCCUACCUUCUUUACCAGAUGCUCUGUGGUAUUAAACAUCUACAUUCAGCUGGUAUAAUUCAUAGAGAUUUGAAACCUAGCAACAUUGUAGUAAAGUCAGACUGUACCCUUAAGAUCCUUGACUUUGGCCUGGCUCGCACAGCAUGCACCAACUUUAUGAUGACCCCCUACGUGGUAACGCGGUAUUAUCGGGCACCUGAAGUCAUCCUGGGCAUGGGCUACAAAGAGAACGUGGACAUCUGGUCUGUCGGGUGCAUCAUGGCAGAAAUGGUCCUCCAUAAAGUCCUGUUCCCAGGAAGAGACUAUAUUGAUCAGUGGAAUAAAGUUAUUGAGCAGCUAGGAACACCAUCUGCAGAUUUCAUGAAGAAACUUCAGCCAACUGUGAGGAAUUACGUAGAAAACAGACCAAAGUAUCCUGGAAUCAAAUUUGAAGAACUCUUUCCAGAUUGGAUAUUCCCAUCAGAAUCUGAACGAGACAAAAUUAAAACAAGUCAAGCCAGAGACUUACUAUCAAAAAUGUUAGUGAUAGAUCCCGACAAGCGAAUCUCUGUAGAUGAAGCUUUGCGUCACCCUUAUAUCACUGUUUGGUAUGACCCUGCUGAAGCAGAAGCGCCACCACCUCAAAUUUAUGAUGCCCAGUUGGAAGAAAGAGAACAUGCAAUUGAAGAAUGGAAAGAGCUAAUUUACAAAGAAGUAAUGGAUUGGGAAGAAAGAAGCAAGAAUGGUGUUGUGAAAGAUCAACCUUCAGCACAGAUGCAGCAGUAAGUAGCAACGCCACUCCUUCUCAGUCGUCAUCUAUCAAUGACAUUUCAUCCAUGUCCACUGAGCAGACGCUGGCCUCAGACACAGACAGCAGUCUGGAUGCCUCAACAGGACCCCUUGAAGGUUGUCGAUGAUAAGUUAGAAAUAGCAAGCUUGUCAUCAGUGAAGGAACUCUCGCUUCCUUGGGCCUGAAAUACUUGGGAGUUGAUGGAACCAAAUAGAAAAACUCCAUGUUCUGCAUGUAAGAAACACGAUGCCUUGCCCCUACUCAGUCGUACUAGGCUUGCCUUGCUUAGAUUAUAAAAUGAAGCAGAUUAUGUCUAAAGAAAAAAAGUGCAAACCACACUUUUAGAGAUUUUGUUCAAGGUCAUUUCAGGUGAGCAAUUAGAAUAGAUGAAUUUUUUCUUAAGUUGUACAGUAAUAGUGACAGUUUCUCAUCCUCAGUAACCGUUGGGACUUAUAUGCAUGUGACCACAAAUGCUUGCUCAGACUUGCCCUCUAGCACUUUGGAAAUCAGUAUUUAUAAAGCCAAAUAAUCUUCAAGGUAGUGCUGCUUCUAGAAUUGUCUCUUAAUCCUCUUAAGUAAUUUGGUGUCUGUCCAGAAAAAUAGAUUUAUGUGUAUUAAUUGGCCACCAUCAUAUUAUCAUAUCUUGCCUUCUUUUAGGGUAUGAGUUAUUUUCUUUCGUAUUUCAGAAGGAAUAUAAUUAAAUCUAUAAAUUUAAAAUGUAACUUUUCUUAAAUUUGUCAUGUUUGGGGCUGAGAAUUACCACUGCUAAGACCAGGACACUUUGUUUUCUCUAAAUUGUCUUAGUCUGGGUGACUGUACAUUCAGCUUUACUGCAUGAUAAAAUUUUAAGUUUUGUUUUGUGCUGCUUAAAACAUAUAUACCUUUAAAAUCCUAUCUUCCCUAUCUCUUUUUUCUUGGUCUUCUGGACUUAUUAAUUUAAGAUGCUACCUAGAACUUCACCUUCUUUAUUAGCCACCUAAUACCUAUGUCAAUAAUAUGAUGGCAAAUAGAUUCUUGAACCCAUCACCUGCUGUUAGAGUAGAAUUUUAUGAAGUGAUCACUAAAGAUGAUUGCAGUCACUUACUAAGUGCUUGCUUUGCUUGAGCCUGGACUGGGUCCUUUCUUACCUUCUGUCACUCAAGGUGAGAUACGUGAUUUCACAAGGCAGAGUUUCCCUCUUCCAACACAGCAUUCUUACUCGACUUUCUUUCUUCUCUGAAAGAAACCACAUAAAUCCCCCUUUGGUCUGUUUUAGGAAGCAGACUGAUUCAGAAUGCCUGUUUAUGGUUUGUUUUCCACUUUGUGGAGGCAUUUCCUUUUCCUAAGGGAAAUCCAUGAAUGUUCUGGAAAAACUUCUGAGGGAUAUGGAGGAAAUAUCCUAAAGGGUAGUAAUUAACUAUUGAACAUUUUCUGAUUUUAAACUGCUCACCUGAAAUUGAUACUUUCAGACUGAUAUGGAAAUCAUUCAAAGUUCAGUAAAAUGCUGAGUAUUGAAGUGUCAUUGCAGAAAUGGAGUUACGAUGGUCACAUACGGCUACCUGUGCUCAUAAUGCUUUUCCCUUGAGCUUAUUCUGUUACAAAUUCAUAUCUUGUGUUUAGUUAUUUUGGAAGCUAUUGAAUCAACAUUGUUCACAUUCUAUAGAAUGUGUUCUGAGGAGGAACUUUGAUAAGAAAGUUUAUUAUAAAUAUUAUCUAAAAUAUAUGAUUAUCUCUACACCAGUUGUAUCUUAUUGGUCUUAUCACUGGAAACUGGAACCCUUGAUGAACAAAAUUAAUAUUGAAGUAAUAAAUAGUUUUAUAUUGUGAGGUUUAGACACAUUCAACUAUAAGAUGGAAAUACUAACUUGAAUUGAGGCAGAAACACCUAUUACAUGGCUUAGGAUUAUUUUGGUUUUGGAGGCCUGAUGGUAUUGUGAAGCAAGUUAUCACUAUACAUAUAUAAACAUCUUAAAAUGGCCUCCUCUCUAAUACACAUUCUUUAAAAAGACUUUACUAAAUCUAUCUUUAAAGAGAAAAACAAAGGUGAGAGUUUUAAAAAUACAUUAUCUGUCCUAGGCUUAUGUAUAUGCAGCACAGGGAUGCUGAGGGCGCAUCAAGGUUUCGCUGGGUGAUUGUACAUUCAGCCAGGCACCAUUUGUAAGUGGAGCUAGGUGCCGCACAGAUUGGCUUUCUGCUCACUCAUUCCUCUGUGUGUUCACGGAUGGAGUCCGUGAUGGUGUGGACGGGUUUCCUGCCAAGACCACCUUCCAUCAGAGAUCAGUGAGUGCACCUAGGACAGGCCACAGGGCUGCAGACAGCCGAGCUCCAUAGAAAUACCUCACCCCACUUCAGGGUCCUCCCUCCUGAGCCGAGAUGUGCCAGGGCCCUGGUGCAGUGCAGAUGGUUUCAAACUGCUCUCCAUAGAUAAAUGCUGAUGUUGGAUAAAGAACUGAAAAAUUUGCUCAAUUUUUCAUCUUUUCUAUUUUAUUUUUGUAAUUUAUAUUGUACACAACCCUGAAGUAACUAUUUUGGACACAUAUUUUUAUAAACCAGGUAAUUUAUUAUUAGCCUGGAAUUUGGACUAGGUUCGUUUUGUUUGUUGACUUAGUUUUUUGUUAAAAAGGAAGUGACUGCCUCCCCUAUGUCAGGUCUUGAUUUCAAGUACAGGUUCCAGAGAGCAGACAGAGUCUGUCAGAGUAGGAGAGCAUUCUCGAAACACAUCCUGCUCAGUGUUGAUCAGCUGUGGAAACAGGAGAUGGAAACAGGGCUCUGUGUUUAUCUCUGCACCCUGAAACUCAGAGCCGCAGUGCUGAAAGGAGAAAACCCUUGGCAGGGCCCCUUACUGACACCCAGAGUCCAUAGUUGAAACACUGAAUGGGAUACUGGUUUAAUCCAGAUUUGAUGCUGUGUAAGUCAUGGUAAUGAUGUAUGAUGAAUUUGUCUGGUUGAUUUCUAAUGUAACUCCUCUGGUGUUUCACACUGGUAGUAAACACAGGUGUGACCUUUCAGAUUGCAUAUCUCAAAAGUAACAUUGCCUAAUGUUUUAUAAUAAAAUAUAUUAUGUGUGUUUUGAUUGGUGAAAAUAAUACAAAUACAUUUUAAAAGAGAAGUGUAUAGCAUGUCCAAUUUUUGUGGUGUGUUUUUAAGUGACAGUUGACUGUGUAUUUCUACAUCACCAUCUCUGAUUACAGAUUUAACAUGAACACAGGUAGAUAUUGGAGUGUCAUCAUUUCAAUCAAUAUUAGCAAAUGUUUUUAAAUUGAAAAGCAAAACAUUUCUGUUAGAUCUCUUACUGAAAAUAUUCUGCAGAUUCCUGAAUCUGAGUUUUCAAAAACAUGCAGUGCAAAAUCGAGUAUUCGGAGUAAUUGUUUUCUCACAAGGUGUGGCCAGAAGAAUCCACCAAUCCGUCAGUCUUUCCUUGUAUUACUUCAAAUCGUUAAUGGUGCUUGU